GCAACAUUUUCCAUUCCAUAUGUUCGUAAAACAACAUGGCAGCGCCCUUAGGCCUAGCUCUAGCUGAAGCAGUAGUAGUGUAAGUCCCUCUGUACUGUUCUUUGGUCAGGUGAAAUUCAGUGCGAUUGUCCAAGCAAAUAGAUGUACUCAAGUUAAGAACUGUUUGGGACUUCAGUGUUGCAGAGGAAGUUUACAGCGCAAAGUUGCAUCUGAAAGAUGCAGUGACACCUAGUAUUUAAAAAACUUAGCAAGGCGACUCCAAUGAAAAUGCUAUCAUCCCACUUCUGGAGGCGGGUCUUUAUUCAUAGAUGGCAGAGGAGGCUGAAAGACUUUUCUAAGAUCUCAAGGACACUUGAGGACAAAGAGCGUCUUUUACAUCGAAGUAUUUUCUCAGAUCAAAAGUUCUUUUCUCAUACUUCUAAACUGUGGCAACAGCACAAAGGCUUACCUUUUGAUGUAGCUGACUUUCCGGUGGAGAGAAUUCGUAACUUCAGUAUCAUUGCUCAUGUCGACCAUGGAAAGAGUACUCUUGCUGAUAGACUGCUUGAAAUAUCAGGAACCAUUCCUGAAGGCAACAAUAUGCAAGUGCUGGAUCGACUCCAGGUGGAAAGAGAGAGAGGCAUCACAGUAAAGGCUCAGACUGCCAGCCUGGUCGUGAACCACAAAGGACAGGACUUUUUACUCAACUUGAUUGAUACUCCUGGUCAUGUUGACUUCCAUUAUGAAGUUUCAAGAUCACUGGCAGCUUGUCAUGGGGUUAUACUGCUUGUGGAUGCAAACCAGGGAGUUCAAGCACAGACUGUCGCCAACUUUUAUCUGGCAUUUGAAUCCGAGCUGGCUAUUAUACCUGUGCUAAACAAAAUUGAUCUAAAAAAUGCACAACCUGAUAUUGUUGCAAACCAAAUUCACAAUUUGUUUGAUAUUGACAAGGAUGAGAUACUAAAGAUUUCAGCAAAGAGUGGUCUUGGUGUUGCAGAUGUCAUUGAAGCAGUGAUUGAAAGAGUUCCAUGUCCACAGUAUGACAGAAACAAACCGCUUCGAGCAUUUGUGUUUGAUUCGUGGUAUGACAAAUUUAAAGGUGUGGUCGCCCAUGUAGCAAUCUGUGAUGGAGUCGCAAGAAAAGGGGAAAAAAUUACUUGUGCAAGUAGCCAGAAGGUGUAUGAAAUCACAGAAAUUGGACUGAUGUACCCUACACAAGUUCCAUCUGGUGCUUUAUUUGCUGGUCAAGUUGGGUAUGCCAUGAUGAACAUGCGCAACACAAGUGAAGCCCAGAUUGGGGACACGUUUUACCAUGAGAAUCAGCCGGUGGAGCCCAUGCCAGGAUUCAAGGAGGCCACCCCUAUGGUGUUUGCUGGAAUGUUCCCAACAGACCAGUCCGAGUUCCCUCAGAUGCGAAGUGCUAUAGAAAAACUGACAUUGAAUGACCGCAGUGUUCAAAUCAAGGUGGACAACAGUCCAGCAUUAGGUCAAGGAUAUCGCUUGGGCUUUUUGGGACUGCUGCACAUGGAUGUUUUCAAUCAGAGGCUUGAGCAAGAGUUUGAUGCAUCUGUCAUUGUCACAGCUCCAAAUGUAGCUUACCAAAUGACAGUUACUGGUGAGAAGAACAUCAAAUACUACGGAUCAGAGGACAUUACAGUUCUCAAUCCUUGUCUGAUGCCAGAGCCCAGCAAUAUAGCAGAGUACAGAGAGCCAAUGGUCAAGGGCACAAUCAUUUCACCAGAUGACUACAUCAACCAGAUUACAGGUUUAUGCCUUGAUAGAAGAGGGCGGAUCACAGACCAGUCCUACAUUGAUGACAAGCGGGUAAUGUUUCAAGUGAACUUUCCCCUCGCUGAAAUCCUUGUGGACUUUUUUGAUGAGCUCAAAUCUAUAUCAUCUGGCUAUGCAAGCUUUGACUAUGAAGACGCUGGGUAUGAAAUUUCUGAUCUUGUAAAGCUGGAAUUCUACUUGAACGGCAAAGAUGUCGAAGAGUUGACCUUGAUCUGUCAUGUGUCACGUGCCCGUGACCUUGCCCGCCAGGUGUGUCUAAAGCUCAAGGACACCAUACCACGUCAACAGUUUGCUAUAUCUGUGCAAGGCAAAGUCAAUGCUAAAGUUCUUGCACGUGAAGACAUCAAGGCUUAUCGCAAGGAUGUCACGGCCAAGUGUUAUGGCGGUGACAUUUCAAGAAAAAGGAAACUGCUGAAGCAGCAGGCGGAAGGAAAGAAACGUUUGCGUAAAAUUGGAAAUAUAGACGUGCCAAAAGACACCUUCAUUCAGAUUUUGAAAAAAUAGCACUGUCUGUGAUAAUUGUGAAUGUAAUGAAGUUGGCUAUGCCUUUUACAAAAUAUUCCUUGGUACUGAAAGAGUGUUAGUGUCAUGUGAGCAUGAUGAUGAUGAUAUUUGUUGUAUAUUUGCAAAUGAAAGAGCAGUGCUGUACUUCUUACUAAAUUAAUUUGAAAACAGAUUUUAAAUCAGUUUGUUGCUAUGCAUGAAAGUUUUCUAGAGUCACAGUUGUGUGCUUUGUGCAAUGUGAGAAUGGAUCUAUUUAUAGACAUGUUUCCACAAAGUUAAAAUAAAUAAUAAAUCAUUUUAUAAC